ACCGUCGCGGUGCUUCGGCGGUGAGAAGCCGGCAGAAUGGUGCUGUCGUCAUUGCGUGGGCUUUGGUCUUUUUCGAGGAAGUUGCUCCUUUUUUGAGAAAAGGAUUCCGUAAACAGGAUUUUGCAUUUGGCAAGAAGUCAUUCCCCUCCCAGCCCUGGUUCCUGCCCUUCCUGUCCGCUCUUGUCUCCGUUCCCGCUACAGAUUUAUGAAGAUCCUGGUCACUGUUAAUACGUCAAGGUCUGCUACUGGAAAGUGCUGUGAUUUCUUUUUUGCGGCCAUAGUUGACAUCAAUACAUCAGACGGUACAGUUUUGUGUUGACUUUGUGGUGGACAUGAACUUUAUGCCUGUCGUGUCAGGCGGAAUAUAAAACCCCAAAUCUGAAAACCAAGAGGGAACCAGGCUGCAGGAUUAGGUCGUGGCUGUGAGCCUGAGUCGUCCCAGCACCGCCCCCUACAGGAAUUCCCCAGCAUGUGCAGCCAGUUACUAUGGGUGCUGUGUGUGCUCCUUCAGGUCCUGGGGCAUGUCUGCCUAAUCGGACAGGAGUUGCCUGUUCCAUAUGAGCUCAAGGCGAAUGCAUCCGGAUGGUCCUUGUCUGUCACCUGGAAGAGUCAUUUAUAUAGCAAGACACUACUCUACGAUGUUCAGGUCCUUCAAGAAGACAACAGCGCCCCUGUAUAUCAAAAGGUCCUAAGUAACACUGUGAAUCAGGAUGCCAUGAGCCAGUCCUUCACGGUCCACCAUUGGAAAUGGAUCUCCUCCUUACCCCUGAACUGCAUCUCACACAGCGUCAGAAUCCGCUCACGAUUUGAAAGCCAGGCCAGCCAGUGGAGAUCCAUUACUGUGACAGACACCCCUGAAGAAGGGAAUGUGUAUCCCAAGAAUGCAGUGGCGCUAGUCGGCAGCCAGGUGUUGUUCUGCUGUGUGGUGAAGAAAGAAGAUUUCAUCAGCUUUACGUUUAAGAACGUGAAGAAUGAGAUAUGGAUAAAAAACAACGUUGCGGUCAUCGAUGUGCAAUAUCUGAACGCGACCCCCGACUCAGGACAUGACGUCCAUUGCAAGACAAUCAAUAAGCAAAACAAGCAAGAGAGUAUUGGAACCACAGUUUUUGUGGGCUACCCCCCUGAUGACCACGACUUGCAGUGUGAGACAGACCUGCAGUCUGUGACAUGUUUCUGGAAAAAAGGCCGGAGCACCAAUCUGUGGAAACAUGGGGGCACCAUCUAUACCUUAAAUGGCAGUAAGUGCACAGAAUCAAGCCAGUGUAAAUUACUUGCGCGCCCACCUUCUGGAGAGUCGACGUGGACCCUGGUUGCUGAAAGCCCACUGGGGAGGGUGGUGCUGAAGCAGACGGUGGACCUCAGUCACAGAGUGGUACUCCAAGCUCCCCAGCAGCUGAAGGUACUGGAGGGGACUUCUAGGAAUGCCAGUGUCUCGUGGAAAUGGAACUCGUCAGUGGACGUCAACUUUGAGGUGCAGUGUGAAGUGCACCUGAACUACAUCAUGGACGGGGAUCGUCCACUGCCUACUUCUCCCCCACCACGGACGUACUCAGGAGUGGGCCUAAGCAGGCUGCUGCUGGAGGACCUGCUGCCUGCUACCAUGUAUGAGCUCAAGAUGCACUGUGGGAAGCUGGAGAACUUCUGGAAUUGGAGCUCCUGGAGCUCAACCAGCUUCCGCACCACUGAGUACUACCCAGAUACCCCAGACGUAUGGUUUCAAAGGGACAGUAACAAUACUCUCUAUGUCAUGUGGAAGCCCCUCUCCUGGAGUAACGGGUGGCUUACAGAGUAUAAGGUGACCUGGAAGAACCUCACCGAUGGAAUUGAGCAAACAAUAAAGGUGGAACCAUCCCGUCAUACCACUGUCAUCAACUUAGGAGAGCACGGCCACCAUCACACUGUAAUGGUCACAGUCACUGCCUCCAACUCUGUGGGCUCCUCGCCUCCUGCUGUCAUCAUUGUCCCUGGGGGGCAGGAAGACCACAUGCUUGCUAUCUCCCGGGUGACCGGCACUGAUGGUGGGUUCGAGUUGUCCUGGUCUCCACACAAUAGCACCACCUGUGGGUAUGUCGUGGAAUGGCACCCAGCGGACAUCAAGAAAGAUGUGGAGUGGCUGAAGGUGCCCGCAGGUCAAACUCGCGCCCGCAUCGAAUCAGCCAGCUUUGUUGCAGGGAAGAAGUACAAUCUCACCAUCUACUCCUGCCAAGCCAGCUCAGAGGUGCUGGAGAGGAAGGAGGGAUACGUACAGGAGCUAGUUCCGGCCGCGCCUGUUCAGAAACUGACAGCCACGACUGACGCUGUGCUGUCUUGGGGCAGGAUUCCCCCGCAGAGUCGCGGGGGAUUCAUCCGUGGCUACAUCAUCAGAUGUGACUCACCUGAUGUGCAAAAAGUGAAUAUCACUGAUCCUGAUAUCCUGGAAUACAAGUUUGCUGGGCUCCCCCCAGAUACCUAUAAGUUCACAGUGACGGCCUACACACAGAUUGGUGAAGGUGUAUCGAAGGAGGUCUCCAUCAACAUUACUAUAGACGUGUACAUGCUCCUGGUGAUGAUUUUCAUCACCAUCGCGACCUUCACCGUCCUCCUGGGCAUCGUCGCGAUCGUCUGCUACAAGUCCAGGAACUGGCUCAAAGUGACCUUCCACCCUGAGGUGCCACGUCCGAAGAUCUCCAGCGAGUGGAUAGUAGAGAAGGGGGCAUUACUGAUGGUUACAAACCCCUGUGUCCAUGACCAGCUUCACAUUGUGGAGAAACAGGACAAGACAGCAAAGCUGAAGCUGAGCAGAGAAAUGAGCUAUGACGAUGCCUCCCCGCAGUUCCUGGAGACUUACAAGCUUGGGCCGAGUGGCCAGCUCAGAGCACAGCCCACUCGUAGCCCUGAGCCCCCCCCCUCAGGUCCCGCACAGUCUUCCAAAAGCCCAGGGUCCAAUAAAGUCACUUACACCAAAAUACAAACUUUUCUUGAAGUGUCACCCCAGGGACCUGAGCCCCAGAUGAACACCCCUUCCUUGGGGGGUUUGUCUACUUCGCCCAAAACCAUGGACAGCUACUUGCCACAGAGUGCCAGUCAGGAAGACAGACCCCCUGCAGAGGACUCAUCCCCUCCCACCCACCCCAAUCUGUCAUCUUUCUUGGCACCUCCCCCCUGCUGCUCCAUUAGCAACCCCACCUAUUGUCCUACAUUUCCUGCUCAGAUCUCUAGCUCCCCCAAUGGCUUCUCAUGGUCAGUGUAGUUUGUGUAGGACCUAAAACAUUAAUCUGGGACAGACUUCCUUAGCUAGUGGAGAAAACAUUACUCAGAAACACAAUGAUGGUUGACAGUGUCACUGAGCACAGCAUACACCAGGCCAGUGGUUUACUGCUAUUACUGCUGUCUGUCCUUAGGAAUAACUACACCAUUGCUACAUAUUGGCCAAAUGAUUGUUGGAUGUUGGGUUCAUAGCCAGUGGUGUGGCUAUGUAGGGGGCGCAAUUAACAACCCUGCAAAUUGGAAAGGAUGAUUAAGAUGACUGACCGCAUCGAUAAUAUGAGUGUGUGAGAGUGGAGGGGUGACCUUGGCUGAGAUAGAGGAACCUAUACUAUAUAAAUGGACACUUGGCAAGGAGCAGAUCCUGGGGUGUCAAAUUUGAUAAUUUCAAUGAAAAUUUCUAUGGAUUCUGUUCAUUUCAACCUUUUAAUAGCGAAUUACAAAUGUGGCACAGCAGCGGUCUGCGUGGCAAGAAAAAGCUUUAUUCCGUCAGUCCGCUACAGCCUCCUCCUUUUGUCUGUAUAUAUAAUUUUGUGUUUUCUAAGCGCAUUUUCGCGCAUCCCUCUUCUGAGGCAAAGUGAAAUUACCUGGCAAGUCGGCGCCCCCUCAGAAGUUCGUGCCUUAGGCGGCCGCCUAUGUCGCCUAUAAGAUUGGCCGGCCCUGCGUCUCCACAUGAAAAUGGUGUUUGUCGUGCCAGUGCACCCUCGAAACGGGUAAUAAAUGUGCACUAUUAAACCUUCUUAAAAGUGCUGUAUACUGUGAAUUUUAAAGACAAAACAAAAUAAAGCAGAAUUUUACAUAA